UCUUUGGCAUAUUCCCUGCUUGUGUUGUGUUGUAAUCUGUAUUUCUUUUUAUUUUCAUAAAAUUAAUAUUAUUUGUUGUAAUUAUAUACUGUUACGGUGAAAAUAUACUAUUUUUUGUCCAUCAUAGUGUCCCGUUAUUUGCAAAUUCUUUUAAUUUGUUUAAAUAAGCUUCUCGGUUUUAACAUCUAAGCUUAGUUAUUCAAAACCUGUACGUUGUACUUCCAAUACAAUAUUGAGAAUUUUAUAACGAUUUAGAUAGUUUUUUUAAAUGUAGCUUUGCGAAUUUUUAAGUUGAGCAGAUGAGUGUGAUCUUAAACGUGCAUGGAAUGUGAGGAAAAUGGCAAGAAGUGUUAUUCACCGGCGAGGGCUGCGCGUGGGGUCAAGCGAAAGCGACGAGCUGAUGAUGAGGGGAACCUGCGUCUGCCUAUCCCCGAUACAGUGCCUGGGUCGCCUACUGCAAAACCAAUGCACAACAAUCUGUUCCAACUUUCUAGAGUGGAGACAACCGACGCCAGUUUUAAACCAUCCACAAGCAAUCCCUUUAUGAACAAUAUGGAUGAAAUCUCUUACUGGGUGUUUACUAAACGUGCGCCUUGCCUCUACGACUAUGAUAAACUAAUCAGGAAGCAGAAUGAAGAGGCACAAAAUUCUAGGCAAUUAAGCAGCUACACUUAUCCCACUGAAAAUGAAGUACCUUCACCGAAAAAGAAGAAGAAAAACAAUAAGUUACUCGAUGAAGAGUCUGUGCUGUCUGGAAAACGACAAAAUGUUUACUUUGAAACCCCUCAACCACCUAAUAUUCCUAAAGCUGUAGUCAAUAAUGGUAAAUCUGUAUCACCCGCUUCUGAUAUAGAUUUCAAUAUAAAAAUAACACCUAAACUGAAAGCAAAAAAGCCAAAAUUACAGAAAAACACUAAAACAACUAUAAACAAGAGAAACAAAAUGGUCACUUCAACUCCAAAGGUGGAACAUCAAAAUUUGAGAAGGAGUUCUAGGUUGAACAAGCAAAAUCUUAACAAUAAUGGACAGUUUGACAGCUCUUUGGACAUUUUGAAUGAGACAGAUGUUAAUGGACUUAAAAAAGAACUGUCUAUCAUUGAAAAUAAGGAAGAUAAAUUAAAACGACAUGCAGAUGAUAGCGGGAGUAAGACUACCAAACAGGUAUUAAAAGAGGAAGCAAAAAAUGACAUACCCCGCAAUGGUGACUAUGAAGAUUACAGUGAUGUUUCAGGGUUCACUGCAAACUAUAUUCGCUCCACUAAAUUGCAAUCAAAGACACCCAGAAAAGUCAGAAGAAAGAGUGGCAGAAACUUGAUUCAAGCAUCCCGUCAAAAUGUUGAUCCCGAGAGUAGCAAAAUAGUCAUGUGUGUGAACAAGGCAGUGAAUGUCGGAGCACCUAAUUCUGGCAUCUUAAACCAUAGUACAGAUUCUUCCCAAAAUGUAAUUAAUCUUGUAACAGUUGCCACUGAAGAUAAAUCCAACAAAGUAAAUCAAAGCACAUCAUUACUUAAAUUUGUUGACUCACAAUGUAAUAAACCUGCAAAUGUCAAAAAGAUUACAAGUAAUUUUAUCAACGAGUCAUUCCAAUCGGGCAGCAGUGCUGCCUCUCGCUAUCCAAAGAGGAUAACUCAAAAUCGUAACCACACUUAUCAAGAGAAACAAAAUGGUAGGAAGGAAAACUCACAUGAAAAAUUUGUAUAUAGAACUAGGAGCCGUAAAAGGCUCAUUGAUGACUCAUGUGAGCAGGUAAACUCAAACGAAGAUAGCUCUAAUGCUGUUAUUAAUGUCGCAAGCCCGGAGCAUAGUAAAAUGAAAUCCGUGCAGUGCUUUGAACAAAAUGGACAAUUGACCAAAUCUUUAAGUGAAUCCCGACAUGUUAAGAAGAAUGAUUUGAUAUGUGACAUGCCGAAGUGUAUCAGACGUCUUAAAACGUCAUUGGAUAAAACAAAGCAGUCAUCAAAAAGGGACUCAUUGCGAGACAAGAGCGGAUUCGCCGCUUGCUUCUCGGACAGUGAUAGCGAUGGCGAACCUUUGAAACCACGGAAAUUUUUUAGUUAAAUUACUAUCAACUAUAUGCUGUAUGUAAAUCUUUGCUUCGUGAACUUGUAAUGUAUUAGAUCGUUAGCCGGCCACUUGCCAUUUUAAUAUACCAAGCAUUAUACGAGCACGGCAGAAGGAUUUGUUCAGUGCCUAUAUCCAAGCAU